AUGUUCCAACUUGUAACUAAUUUUCAACCAAAAGGAGACCAGCCCAGUGCUAUUAGGAAGCUAGUUGCUGGCAUUCGCCAAGGGCAAAAAGAACAAGUUUUAUUAGGAGCAACCGGAACCGGCAAAACUUUUACCAUGGCUAAUAUUAUUCAAGAAACCCAAAAAUCCACUUUAAUUUUGGCUCAUAAUAAAACACUGGCGAUGCAAAUUUAUCAAGAAAUGCAAGGGUUUUUUCCUCAUAAUAAAGUUGAAUAUUACGUUUCUUAUUUUGAUUACUAUCAACCGGAAGCCUAUAAGCCGGCCAGUGAUAUUUAUAUUGGCAAAAAAGUUCAGCGGAAUGCCGGUAUUGCCAAAAUGCGUUUAAAAACCUUAAACUCUUUGGUUACUGAUAAGCAAGUAAUUGUAGUAGCAUCCGUAGCCGCUAUUUAUGGUUGUUUUGACCCCACCUCUUACCGGAAAGUAGUCAUUCAUUUAGAAAAAGGACAAAAAAUAGACAAUAAUUUAGUUAAACAUAAAUUACUCCUCCUCGGAUAUAAGGAUAAUAAAAAAAUCAACCCUGGAAAUUGUCAAGUCGAAGAAGAUAAAAAAAGGGAUAAACAAACCGGCGAAAAAAUAAGAGAAUUAACCGAAAUAGCCAUUCCGCCCAGUCAGGAUUAUGUGGGCGAAGAAGGAGAAGAAUUAGCCGAAAUUUUAGCCGAAAUUGAAAGAGAAUUGACCGAACAAAAAGAACACUUUUACCAGGAAGGAAAAUUUUUGGAAGCCGAAAAGUUAGAAAAAAGAGUACAAGCCGACUUAUUUAAUUUGCGGGAAAUGGGUUUUUGCCCCGGCAUUGAAAAUUAUUCUCGUUAUUUUGAUGGCAGAAAAGAAGGCGAAACUCCCUUUACCCUCUUAGAUUAUUUCCCUUCUGGUUUUUUAACUAUCGUUGAUGAAUCUCAUAUUACUAUCCCACAAGUAAAAGCCAUGUAUAAUACCAAUCGUCACCGGCUAGAAACUUUAAUAAAACAUGGUUUUCGUUUACCUUCGGCGCUCGAUAAUCGACCGCUCAGUCAAGCAGAAUUUUUUGAAAAAAUUAAUUAUUCUCUUUAUGUUUCUGCCACCCCGGGGGAUUUUGAAUUAGCCAAAGUCAAUUAUCAACCAGUCGAGCAAAUUAUUCGUCCGACCGGUCUUUUGGAUCCGCAAAUAGAAGUAAGAACCACCCGCAACCAAAUUGCUGAUAUUAUUGACGAAAUAAAAGAAAAAAGCAGUCGCGGAGAAAAGGUUCUUAUUUAUGCUUUAACCAUUGCCAUGUCGGAAGACAUUGCUAGUUUUUUACAAGAGAGAAAUAUUCGGGUUGUUUAUCUCCAUAGCCGAUUAGAGAUUUUUGAGCGGUAUCAGGCGAUUACUAGUUUGCGACGAGGAGUGUAUGACGUAAUAGUGGGGAUUAAUUUACUCAAAGAGGGAAUAGACUUGCCGGAAGUUUCUUUGGUCUGCAUUUUGGAUGCUGAUAAGCCCGGCUUUUUGCGAGACACUCGCUCGCUAAUUCAAAUAAUUGGUCGCGCCUCACGGAAUAGAAAUGGCAAGGUUAUUUUAUAUGCCGACACAAUUACUAGCAAUAUGCAAGGUGCUAUUGAGGAGACCAAUCGUCGUCGGCAAAUUCAAGCAGCCCAUAAUACUCAAAAUAACGUUAUUCCUCGAACAGUUGAAAAACCGAUUAAGGACAUUGUACUUGACCCCUUAAUAUCCUUGUUAGUCGAAAAAGCCCAAAAAGGAGAAAUGGCCGAAAAAGAGUUAAUAAAAUUAGUUAAAGAUUUACGACGACGAAUGAAAAGGUCGAGCAAAGAAUUCAAGUUUGACCAAGCUAUUGCUUUUCGCAAUGCCCUUUUAGAUUUGGAAAAAGUAGAAGGAACAAUAACUAACAAUCCUAAAAUAACUAUAUAG